AUGAAUUACGAAUUCGAGCGAGAGAGCGGUUUUAUCAAUAGUCAGCCGUCGCUUGCUGAGUGCCUGACAUCUUUCCCCCCUGUCGCUGAUUCAUUUCAAAGUUCAUCAAUCAAGAGCUCGACGCUUUCACGCCCGACACUGAUUCCUCCUCCCUUUGAGCAGACCAUUCCCAGCCUGAACCCGGGCAGCCAUCCGCGGCACGGCCGGCCCAGACACAGCCCCGACGGAUGCAGCCAGCUGCCCACCGCCUCCUUACCCCCGGAGUACCCCUGGAUGCGGGAGAAGAAAGCCUCCAGGAGGAACCACCUGCCCACCUCCACCGCGACCACCCUUUCCAAUGGACCCGUGUGCUUUUCCCCAAAAGGCUCGCCUGAGAUCGUGGAGAGCGCCGGGGGAGGAGGGGGCUCUCGCCGGCUGAGGACGGCGUACACCAACACCCAGCUGCUGGAGCUGGAGAAGGAGUUCCACUUCAACAAGUACCUCUGCCGGCCGAGGAGGGUGGAGAUAGCGGCGCUGCUGGACCUGACCGAGAGGCAGGUUAAGGUCUGGUUCCAGAACCGGCGCAUGAAGCACAAGCGGCAGACCCAGAGCAAGGAGAACCACAACGUGGAGGGGAAAGGGCCGGGAGCCGAGGACGGCAUCCACAGCGACGAGGAGGAGGACGAGGCCCCCCUGUACGAGCGGAGCGGGGCCCUGCUGGAGAGAGAUACCUGCUCCUUUCAGAACAACUCCCUCGGCUCCGCGCAACAGCUCCACAAUGGAGAGGCCAUGGGCUUUGCUGCUGCGUCGCUGAACAGCAAUGACAAAAAUCUGAAACAUUUUCCCAACCCGUCACCCACUGUUCCGGGCUGUAUGUCAACAAUGGGCCCCGGCUCUGCGUCUGGCCCGGACAAUGGCGACAGUCCCCCGGCCCUGGAUGUUUCUAUACACGACUUUCAGCCUUUCUCCUCGGAUUCCUGCCUGCAGCUCUCCGACGCGGCCUCGCCGAGCCUGUCAGAGUCUCUGGACAGCCCCGUGGACAUUUCAACGGACAGCUUCUAUUUUUUCUCGGAGUCCCUAACUACAAUCGACCUGCAGCAUCUGAACUAUUAAACCAAUCACAAUAACUUUGAUUUUCCUUUCUCUUGGGACAUUAAAUAUCAGGCUACGAUGGUGUAAACUCUGAUGUUGUUUGUAUAUGCGGCAAAUUUAUUCUGUUGAUAUUUGACUGGCGAUUAAUUCAAGGUAAGGAUGAAAUUGAAUCACUGAAGUAGCUCUACUCCAAUGUGGCUUGUAUUUACCAUAUCAAAAUGAUCUCUUGGAAUGGAAAUUAUGAGUGUAUGUGAAUAAUAUUACAAUAUUAGGCCUAUG